AUGAGGGUCUUGCCCGCGACACGAAGGGCGCUGGCCCUUGCCCUGGCCGCUGCCGCCUGCGUCUCCUUCUCCCAGCUGUGCAUCUUCUCCGCCAGCCAAACGCACUCGCGCUUCAGGUCAGUCACGAGCGAGGGCGAGUUUAUCGGGGCGACCUUUGACCCGAGACAAGCCAGCGCGGGAAGGAAAGGAAACCCUCAGUGGAAAAGGGCGUCCGGCAACCCCCUCAGUUACGCGGAGAGCCGCCAAGCCAGAAAGGGCUUUUGGAACCGAAGUGCAACCAGACGAACGGGAAAGGGUGGGCGGUUCUCCACGGCCGCGACGGAGGGAGAGGUCGCCAGAGAGGAGAAGAGGAGAGGACCGAAGGAGCAGAAGGACCGAGAGCCGAGGCAGACGGAGGGAGGGCUGCCCAGACUCAGCCUCUCCAGCGGCGCCGCCCUUCGGGACACGGACUUCGCCAAGUACAGCCCAGAGGACAGGCUCAUCCUGGAGAGCCGCGUGGGCGUGAUGGCGGAGCGCGCCCGUGCGGUGGCUCGAGCAUGCCAGGAGACGCCGCCCAUCGAGGGGACGCCCGUGAGAGAGAAUUUCAUUUGGGACUUGAGGCACAAGCCGAGCAUCGUCUGGUGCCCCACCUACAAGGUCGCCUCCACCACCUGGAUGCGCAACUUCCUCCUCCUGGGCCGCUUCAACGAGCACAACCCGCGCAUUCCGAGGAACCUCUCGGCGGAGGAGCGGGAGAGGAGGCGGUUCAAGCCAAAGUACGGCGCGACGCACGGCGCUGCCUUCGCGAUGUACGGGCGCCCCCCGACGGCGGCGGCGAGGGCGCGGGCGCUGAGAGAGAGCGUCAGGCUGAUCAUCGUGAGGCAUCCCUUCACCAGGCUCCUCUCCGCUUACCGCGACAAGAUGGCCAAGCGAGUCCCUCGUCCGAGGAAGUUCCGGUACGAGGAUCUCCAGAGGCACAUCGUGGCCACGUACCGCAGUGGCCGCAGCGCUGACCGGUCUCCCUUCCCGAGUUUUCCGGAGUUCGUCCAGUUCGUCAUCGAUUCGACGCGGAAUUUCUCCAGCGCCGCCGACUGGAAGGAAAACGUCAGAUGCUGGGUCCCCUACUGGGCGCACUGCAACGUCUGUGACUACGACUUCAACGUCAUCAUGAAACUGGAGACCCUGGAGGAGGACCAGCAGUUCCUCGUCGCGCUCUCGCACCUCGACGAACUCAAAAACAAAACCAGCUGGGCUCAUCUGCGCGGCUCGUCGUCGUCUCAGCUGGCGGUGCAGUUUUACAAGGAUCUGACACGCCAUCAGAUGCUGCAACUUUACAAGCGCUACGAACUGGACUUUAAGCUUUUCCAAUACCAUAUACGGGAUUACUUGUCUGUUGCAAAGGACGCGUGA